AGUUAUUAGUGAAACACAUUAUACUUGAAAAUGAAUGAAACAAUUGCCAAACAAAUGAAUGAUAUGUAUAUACACGAGAGGACAGGCAGUGACGAGUCGGGCGAUGGGAGUGAAGGCAAACCGUUGAAGACAUUACUGGAAGCCAUGAGACGGUCGGCCGAAGAGCCGUUCCCUACGUUCUACACCAUAGGCGAUGACAACCAAUGGGUUGUAGUGUCUGUGUCUCAGAUCAAGAAAAUCAAAAAAAUUUGGAUCCGAGAGAAGCGUAAGACUGAAGACAAGUACCAAAAGGACGGGGAGGACGAGGAGAGACGACUCAAGAACAUCGAGGACUCCAAGAGAGUGGUCAUCGAAAGGGACGACACGUUGCCGACGGCCAUAGCCAUCAAAGUCAGAGACUGUGUGUCCCACCGGAGCUCAAGAGUGACACUAAAGGGUUGGUGUCAUCGCGUGAGACGACAGGGAAAGGCACUCAUGUUUGUGACCCUUAGAGACGGCACCGGAUUCUUGCAGGUCGUCCUCACCGGCCGCUUGUGUCAAACGUAUGCGGCGCUCACUCUUCAGACCGAAUCCACGGUUCAAGUGUUCGGUACACUGAAGGAGACACCGGAUGGUAAGAUAGCGUCUGGAGGUCAUGAAUUGCAGUGCGACUACUGGGAGCUGAUUGGGGUCGCACCGGCCGGUGGUGUGGACCACGUGCUCAACGAGGAGUCCUUCAUUGACGUCCAAUUAGAUCAAAGACAUCUGAUGUUGAGGGGAAAGGUGUUGUCCAAAAUAAUGCUCUUCCGAUCGCUGGUGAUGCAGACAUUCCGCGAGCACUACCUGUCCCGGGGAUACGUGGAGGUGACUCCACCUACUUUAGUGCAGAACCAGGUGGAGGGCGGGUCUACUCUAUUCAAGUUCGACUACUUCGGCGAAGAGGCAUACCUGACCCAAUCGUCUCAACUGUAUUUGGAGACACUAUUGCCGUCAUUGGGGGCCGUCUUCUGUAUGUCUCAGUCCUAUCGGGCGGAGAAGACGCGCACCCGAAGACAUCUGACUGAAUACACACACAUUGAGGCCGAGUGUCCCUUCAUAUCGUUUGAUGAUCUCUUAGACCGUUUGGAGGAUCUGUUGGUCGACGUGUGCGAUAGACUACUGGCCCACCCGUUAGGCAAAGAGACAAUCAAUCACUUCAACCCCGAGUUUAAACCCCCGCGGAGGCCAUUCAAGCGUAUGGACUAUACGGAGGCAUUGGAUUAUCUGAGAGACAACGGCAUCACUAAAGAGGACCAGACUUUCUAUGAAUUCGGUGACGACAUCCCGGAAAUGCCUGAACGCAAGAUGACUGACAAAAUCAAUGAGCCGAUAAUGUUGUGUCGAUUCCCGGCUGAGUUAACAUCUUUUUAUAUGCCUCGUUGUGAUGACAACCCAUUACUCACUGAAUCUUUCGAUGUACUGGUGCCGGGAGUGGGCGAGAUCGUGGGCGGGUCGAUGAGGGCCUGGGAGCACAAGGAGUUGAUGGACAACUUUGACCGCAAAGGUAUGGAUCCGAAGGACUAUUACUGGUAUACGGAUCAGCGCCUGUAUGGGUCCUGUCCU